AUGUCGAAUAUGUCCUUGGGGCAGUUUAGGGAAGAUACGAUGAUGAUGCACAUCUUGCCCUCGGUAGGGAUCCUGUGCAUCGUAGGGGGGGCGAACAGCCUGGUCAUCCACACACUCCUGGCGUGUAAGACCAAAGGGGUGUCGGACAUCUACGUGCUGAGUCUAGCCAUCGCCGAUCUGUUGUUUCUGCUGGUAUGCCCUGUCACAAUCCAUCAGCUGGUCAGAGACAGGCGGAUCUUCGGGCAGUUCAUGUGCAAGGCGGUGACGGUUAUAGAUGUCAGUAACCAGUUCACCACAGUGGGUAUUGUCACCGUCCUCUGUAUCGACAGGUAUAUUGCAAUAGUCCACCCCACAACAGAGAAGAGGACCAUCUGUCGGACAGUGCUGGUUAAUGGUCUUGUAUGGCUUGGCAGCUGGUCACUGACAGUUCCAGUCAUGUUAUAUUCCAGGACUAUCCGGAUGGGAGACCUUGAAGUAUGUGCACUGGACCUUCCUUCUGGAGCAAAGGACAUGUACUGGUAUACGCUGUAUCAGUCCAUAUUGGGAUUUAUCAUUCCUCUGAUUAUUAUAAGCACUUUCUACUCACUGACUCUCUUUCAUGUCUUUAAGUCACUCAGAAGAGUGGGUAGGAAGCAGUCAGUGCAGGCAAAGAAGGCGACCAAAACUGUGUUGAUGAUAAUAGCUGUCUUUUUGGUGUGUUGGUCACCUUUUCAUGUGAUGCAGAUACUCAAUUUAACAGCUACGCAUCCUUCCUUGCUUUUUCUCUACACCUACCAUAUCAGCAUCUGUCUGAGCUACGCCCAUAGCUGUAUCAACCCUCUCCUGCUCCUGUUCUUCACAAAGAAUUUCCAGGAGCGCUUGUGUGGCAUUGUGACAAAGAGCAGCUCCACCUCUCAUGUCCAAUUGGCUGCCACAAGAAGAGGGGGAGCUUGUGAAACUGUGGAAGUGGAGUGUAAGAGCUCAGUCUUCUGAGAAAGAGGCACACAUUUAACACCACACAGUUACCUUAUGGUCCGAGCACUCUGUAUCCAAAACAUUUUGUGUUGCUGACCUCUGUUAUCUCUGUAUACAGACCCACACAGUGUUUCCAGUAUUUUCAUUUCUUAUACCAGAUUUCCCACAUCACAGCAAUUUUCUUGAAUGUUAUUACCUACAUUAUGUUGUGUUUAGUGCUGGUUAAUUCUACCUACAGGUAUCUGUUAUUAAAGGGUAUCUUUAUUGUGUGAGUUUGCUGUUCAUCAAAUUGAUCCUUGGUCCUUUGCAAUAGAAUUCGUUUCAUUUCAGACCACAGGUGGUUUGGAACAGUGUUGCUAGACACAGAGGAAAUCAUCCUCCACUCUGCUCCAUUAACAUGUUUAGAGACUCAGUACAACACACUGGCUUUGUGGCAUUUUAAUGUUCCUCCAUGUCAGCUAUCCAACUAAGCUAAAUAUUCAGUGAUACAUAUUUCAUGCAUUAGAAACUUAAUUGCAAAGGCCUAAAUUCAUUUUACAUUAAUUAUUUUGGAAUAAGUUGGUGGAGUGACACUGGCCAUCCAUUUCACAACAACAAUGUAGUUACGGAAUGCCUUUAACAUAGGAAAACAUUCCACUGAGCUUCAUGGGAGAGUUAUUAAACAAAAGCUGACACCUAAUGACAUUAGACAUUUGUGAAAAUGUUGGUUUAUGGAGCAAUUUUAAUGGAGGAAAGAAUGAUAAAGUGACAGUUUUUUCAG